ACUCUGUCUGUCAGCUGUUGUCAGUCAUGUCACGAACUUGCACGCAGUGCAGGCAGCAGCUCUGUGGCUCGUCUAGUCAACACCGUUCAUUCUGCAAUUAUCUGUUACCUGUCUCUCACCUACUUGUGUGUGUGGGUUUAAAGUGACGUAAUUGACUUGUUGUGGACUGGCAAAAUUCCCCCCAAAAAGACACCCAGAAUAAGACGUCCUGCUCGUCAUUGAAACAGUUGCAGAAAUGGCGGGACUUGUUCCAAUUCAGUUUCACUUCACGAAGAUGGCGCCGGUGGAUUUCUCCUUGAGCCUCCAUCCACGGACCGGUAAUAAAGUUCCGCCACGGCAGACCAGUCGACCGGAUAUCCCGAAGUGCUUUUCCUUUUUGAUGACGUAGAAGUUCCAUCCGCACGGAUGGGAUCUGUCGUCGUCGCCGUCUUGUUUUCAGAUCUCAUCGUUUUUUUUAGUCGAAAAUGUAGAAUGUUGUUGGUUUCCUCAGCUUCAGCCGUCGCCAAUGACACGUACUACAAAGUGGAUCGAUACAAAAUCACAGGUGAGGUUAAUUAUACAAUCGCGUCAGAUUGUGCAUCCAAUUCAGCAUUGAAUUUCCCAGACGAUUGAACAUAUGAAGUAUAAACCCAUCUGGUCCGUGUUGUUUCUACUCCGGGGCUACAAGUGCCGGCCUGUUACCACAACUGCUGUCGUCUCUGAAUUUGACUGUGACAGCCGAAAAUGAUGGUAUCCAUUUCGCUUUCUUCGCUCGUUUCCCGCACUUCUUAAGUAGAGAGUCACCAGCCGCGUGACGUCAUCACGACUUCCGCCUCGAGUUCUGGGUGAUGACUGAAGCCAAGGAGCUGGCGAUAAAUCGCUCCAUUGGUGCAAAGCAUUAAUCAUACUCAUCACUGGAAACCGAAGAAAAGCUGCAAUAAAAUGAUCGCCUAAAAAGAAAAUCGCAAAACAAGCUUAUUCCGAGCUCAUACGUUUGUCGCACACUUGUAUCAAUUCCCUGCCUGGCCGAGUCGAUUAACGCUCCAACUCCUACUGACUCAUCUAAUAGGACCUUUUAAAAGCAGUUUAGUUCAACGUCAGUGUCACUUGAAGCAAAAUGCCGGCCAGCUGUAUCGUCCACCUGCAUCCGCCAUGACACCUGUUGCAAUCUGAAAAGUUUUGGGGUUGUUGCUCAUAGACUUGUUGCCAAGUUAGAUUGGAUGUGUUGAAGCUAUAACCAUUAGACAACUUUGAGACCUGGUGGAUCGUACAAGUGUAACAAUCCGCAUUAUCGUUGGCAAUCGAUUCCGUAUAACCAUGAGGCUCUUUUGCGGAGAGAAAAUGAAAUUGAUCCUAAUAAUUCUUGUUGCGAUGAUUGCCGCCUGUUUAGUCGCCACCACCAAGGCCCAGUCGUCGACGAUCAAAACAACGAAAGCAACAACACUGAAAACCACCACGUCCAGAUCGGCACCAUCGACAACCACUCGCAAACUGACAACCACACGCAAACUGACAACUACGCGCAAGCCGAAUGUAACCACAACCAGAAUUGUCACGACGACUAAACCCACGACCAAUCCGGCAGUCUUUUCGUUUUGUCGGGACACGAAUUCAUCGGCAGCCACUGGCCAAAUUCAGCUCAAUAAAACUUCACAGACCGACACGUCUUCGUGCGUCUUUGACAUCGUCGCACCGCCCGGCAAACAGAUUCAAUUCUCCUGCUCUGUCGUCUCCUUCAAUAACUACAACAGCAAAAUGGUCUUAUUUGAUGCGACUGAAAGCGACUGGCCUCGACCCGUACUGAACAAGACUUAUUACUCGAUGGCGAAUACGUUGUCCGUGUAUUCUGAAUUUAAAGGAUCUGACGAGUUUGAAUGUAAAUGGAACACCAUACCCAUCGAGAAAACCACAAAGUUUAAACUGUGUCGCCACGGACAAGCCACGUCGGCCAAUGGCACCAUUCAACCCAUAGCUGGUAAUUCAUCAUCAUACACAACGAGACAAUGUUCUUUCUCCAUCGUGGCACCUCCGGAAUACCAGAUUGAAUUUUCUUGCUCAGCCAUCAAUCUCACACGCUACGGUGACGGUGCUUUUCAAGUUGCUGGAACAAUUGCAGUAUUCGAAUCCUCAAAUCCACUCGAAACAAAUCAGACUUAUUUUUCCACUGCUGAAAAUGAGUUGUUCAUUUCGUCGAAUCUCUUCGAAGGCGACUGGAUUGAUUGCAAGUGGACGACUUCACGCAGAGAGAAGAAAACCAAUUUCAAACUUUGUCGUGACGAAGAGGCAACAUCAGCUAUCGGGACCAUUACGCUAACUAGAGACGUCAAAGUGCCAUCGGGAGGAUGUACGUUCGUCAUCGAAGCUCCUCCCGAUCAACGGAUUGAGAUCACCUGCACUGCCGUUUCUAGUGACUUGACUAUUGAUGGUCUCAUGGAAUUUAAGGAUGGUUAUGUUCCUGUUGAACCGGUAAUCAACCAAGUGUAUCAUUCGGAUUCUGAUAACAAAGUGUUGGUGUUUUCUGGAUGGUCCGAAUCGGAACGGUUCAGUUGCAAGUGGGCGAUCCUGCCAAAGGAGAACGGCACCAAUCUAAAACUUUGUCGCGAUACUGAGACUCGAUCGGACAAUGGGACCAUCACACCUUUAACAUUUGUUUCGGAAGGAACGAAUGAUUGUUCUUUCUUAAUCGAGGCUCCUCCUGAAACACAGAUUCAAAUAUCUUGUUCUGCCAUUGACAUCGACAUUGAAAGCAGUCGCUUUUAUAUGUUUUCAACCACUGAAGUACCUCUAUCUUUGGACUUCCCAUAUGUAGCAGAUCGGGUGUACUAUUCUUCUGGAAAUUCCCUUUCUCUGUAUGCUAAAUUAUCCAGCUUAAAGGAUUGGUUUAAUUGCAGUUGGUCGUUUGUACCGAAGCCGAUAACGACGGAUUUCAAACUUUGUCGCGAACGUGGGGCAACUUCAGCUAAAGGGACCAUCCAACCCUUAAUAGAAAACUCAGAUGGAUAUAACUGGAAUAAGAGAUUUUGUCUCUUUGACAUCCAAGCGCUUCCGUUUCAGCAGAUUAAAUUUUCCUGCUCUUUCCUCAAUUUUAGUGGGAGAAACAAGUUUGUUAUUGUUGGAGUUCGUGAAGGUGAUGUAUCGAAUCCUCUAUUAAACUACAACUAUUAUUCAGCUAACAACAACUUGCACCUGGAAAUUGAUCUCUACUCCGACGAGUGGUUCAGUUGCAAAUGGACGACUGUUCCCAAGAAGAACGGCACUACAAAAUCGCUGGCUCAGCUCCUGCCGUAAUUCCCAUUCUUCUUCGCGAAUUAUUGACCCAGAUCUUAAAGACUUGAUGUCAAAAGAGGAUGGAUUGGUUUGAUUGGAGUUGAAUAUCUCGCAACUAUAUAGCCGCAACUAUAAUAGCCCCUUUUCAUUUGGUUUAAUUUGGUCUUUUCAUUUUUUUAAAUUUGUUAAUUGACUCUUCCCAUUUGGCAAUAUACCGUAAGUUUUGAUUCAAUUAAUCACUCUGACUAUAUAUUAGCUGCUACCACGUCAAUCAGUGAAAGUGGGACUAAUGUUACCCAAUGCGGAUUGCGAAUUGAGUUUAUGUUACAACUUACAAAUAAGCACUUAUUCGGAACUUGCAUGGCCUUUAACCUUCACCAUAGCAGUUCCCGGUUGUUAUAUGGUAGAUCAACCAAAAUCGAAAAAAAGUUUGGGGCUUUUGUCUGAGAAUUUCGCGUCAAUUCUAUUGCACUGGCGGACCGCCAGUUGCUGCAGUCAGUCUCGGCUAGAUCUGGUGGCUGUUGGAACCAUGGUUUCAGGUGGACCUGAACAG